AUGGCACGACUAACGAGACGCAGAUGGUGCUUCUACAUUAACCUCCCCAUUGGAGGCGUGGCCUUCGUCUUCUUGUUCUUCAUGCUCAAGGCCCCUAGGCGGCAGCCUCAAGAGCCAGCCACGCUGUUCCAACACUUUAAGCGGCUCGACCCCUUGGGAACGUUCUUCUUCGUCCCCUCCGUGGUGUCUCUCCUACUGGCGCUCGAGUGGGGUGGAUCAGAGUAUGCGUGGAACGACGGCCGCAUCAUCGCCUUGUUUGUCGUAUUCGGGGUCGCCUUCAUGGCGUUCGCUGCCGUGCAAGUCUUGAUGCCCAAGACCGCCACCGUACCUGUCAGGAUCAUCAAGCAAAGAACCAUGCUGGCGGGUGCCUUCUUCAUGCUGUUCUUGGCCGGCUCAAUGAUGCUGGCCGUGUACUACCUGCCCAUCUGGUUCCAAGCCGUGCAGGGAGCUAACCCCGUCAACUCGGGAAUUUACACCAUCCCCCUCGUCCUCAGCAUCGUGGUGUCCUCCAUCAUCUCGGGUGGCGCGACACAAAAGAUUGGAUAUUACGUGCCAUCCAUGAUUCUCUGCCCGUGCAUCAUGUCCGUGGGCCUAGGCCUGAUGAGCACUUUCCAACCAGGCAUCAGCUCCGGCCACUGGAUCGGCUACCAAUUCCUGACUGGAUUCGGCCUGGGCUUCGGCAUGCAGACCGUCGGGCUCGCGGUGCAGGCGGUUCUUCCCAAGGAAGACGUGUCGACCGGCGUCUCCAUCAGCUUCUUUGCCCAACAGUUGGGAGCCGCCAUCUUCGUCUCCGUCGGGCAGUCCAUCCUCAGCAACCUGCUCGUGUCGGAGCUCUCGGGCAUCCCGGGGCUGUCUGCGCAGGCCAUCGUCAACACUGGUGCCACCAAUCUGCACACCGUUGUGCCGGCGCAGUUCUUGGACGUGGUUGUCCGGGCGUACAACUACGCCUGCACGCGCAUCUUUUUGGCGGGCAUGGGGCUGUCUCUCGCGACGCUCAUCUGCGCCUUGUUUAUGGAGUGGAAGAACAUCAAGAAGAACAAGAAGCAGCAGCGGGCCAAGCAGCGUGCCAGUCAGCUGAGGCCGGGAGAUAUGGGUGCGUAG